AUGUAUAUUAUCAUAGGACACACCUCGUGUGGUAAAAGAUUUUCUGACACAACGAGCCUAUUUCGUCGCAUUGUGGGAGGUACCCAGAGUGCACAGGGUGCAUGGCCAUGGCAAGUUGCUCUGCUCUUCAAUCAGACACAGUUCUGUGGAGGCUCCCUUAUCUCUCCUCACUGGGUUGUAUCGGCUACCCAUUGUUUCCACGAUUCAUAUACAUCUACAAAGCCAUCAGACUGGAAAGCGGUCCUCGGCGAACAUCAUUUGGUUGACAAAGAAGUAUUUGAGCAGAGCAGAGAAAUCGAAUCAAUUUACCUUCAUCCAAAGUACAAGUCAAUGUUCCUUGAAGGGAUUUACGAUACACCACCUGAUUAUGAUGUGGCCCUACUUCGUCUAUCAGAGCCUGCAAUCUAUGAUCAGUACGUUUCUCCAAUUUGUCUCCUUCGCCCAUCGAUGAAAUUCCCUUGGGGAAAGGAAUGCUUUGUGACUGGUUGGGGCCACACCCAAUGGAACAGCGCCCAACCUGAUAUUCUGCGCGAAGCCAAAGUUCGCCUGGUUCCACCGCAAAUUUGCAAUAGUGUCAAAUCUUACAACGGAACCGUCCAUAACAGGGCUCUAUGCGCUGGAUUCGAGAAAGGAGGCGUCGAUGCUUGUCAAUACGACAGUGGAGGUCCUCUGGCUUGCAAGCAUCACGGGCGCUUUUAUCUCACAGGGAUAGUUUCCUGGGGGCACGAAUGUGCGCGACCGCACAAAUAUGGUGUGUACGCUAAUAUGUUCAAAGUCACCAAGUGGGUGGAGGAAGUGAUGGGUACAUAUGGCUUCGUAGAGAUCUAGAUCGUCUCGUGAUUUUAUGACCAAAAUUACUCAGGCGAUGAUGAAAACUUCUUCAAAUACUUGUCGAUCAGUUGUGGCACGAAUGACUGUAACUUUGUUGAGCUAUUUAUACUAGCAUAGUAUUGUUUAAACUCAGUUGUCAUUUCGAUUUGUUUUAUAAAUUUUAUGUAUCAUUGCGCAUAGAAGGAAAAUUUGGGAAGAAUGACCUGUUGUUACCUUAUCACAAGAAAAGAGGUUCGUCGACGCCGAUCAAUCGACUUCGCACAGAUUAAAUUAUUUCCUUUGCGUAAGAAAUUCCUAUUAAUUAUUGAUUAAGUUUUAUGGAUUUUCGUUAAUGACAUUUGC